AUGGAUUCAAAUUAAAAGAAAUCAGAGUAAAAAACUCUAAGUCAAAAAUUAAGUGAUUAGUUCUUUUCCUUUAAUAACAAUUUGAAGUCCUAAGUAAAUAGCUAGAGAGAUGAAGAAAUAGAAAACUUAAAACCCUAAUAAGCAACUCCUGAAAAUUUAAUGGAAGUUGAAAAGAAAAUUCAAGAAUAGAGAAAUCUAAUUAAUGAGUAGUAAAGAAUAAGUUAACCAUUUUUGGAUAUAUAAACUUAGAAGGAACCUUCAUAAAAUAGGCGUGAAAAAGUUGAGUUAAUGCACUUGAAUGUGGAGGAAUUUAUGAAAAUAGAUAAGAUAGCUUCUGAAUAUGGACUUGAUUAAGAAUAGGACUUGAGGUUUAUAAAUAGGAGAUUAGAAAGACCACCAAAAUUUAAGAGGGCUGCUAUUGACAUGACAAGGUACCCUGUUUAAAACGCGGAAAAUAAUUCUAUUCAAUUUCUGAUGGAUGAACUUAUUCAUGAGAGAUAACAAGUGUAUAAAUACUACUAAAAUUAGGGGUUUUUAGGUAAAACUUUAUUGUGCUUGCUGGAUAAAAUGAUCUCUGGAAGUUUAAGCUCAAUCAACACAAUUGACAAAUUGCGAAAAAAGGAAUAAGUUAAAAAUAUAGAAGGUGCGAGAGUAGCUCCAUCUAUUAUGAUAAGAGAUCCAGAGAUACCACUACAAUAGCAAAGAGUAAAGAUACUUAGACAUUUAUCCCAGAAAGCUAGAUCAGUUCUUUAAGAAGUAAUUAAGGUUAAACAGUAUCUGCAAAAUAUAAAUCCAUCUCAGAAUCUCUCUGCAAUCGAAUACAAUAAGGCUAGUGAGAUUAAGGUUAUUGAUGAAGAUUUAGCAACUAGAUUAGAGCUGUAAUCAUAAUCUGUAAGGAAAUUAAAGGGCAGGCUUAUGCAAAGAAGCAUAUCAUUAGAUGCAAAUAUUAGAGUUGAUUUGAAAAAUAUGAAUAAAGAUGAUUGGGAAAUGAUGCUGAAAGUUUUGGAAGUUGAAUAUAAAAAGGUAGAUAAUAUGAUUGAAUUGUUUGAAUACAACAAUGAAAGAAUUCACAAAAAAGCAUCAAAGUUGCACCUUGCACUUGAAUGCUAAAAAGAGCAAAAUCAGUUUAACCCAAAUUUACUUUCCUAGAUCAAAUAAAAAAACACCAAAAGGUAGUUAGCAUAUGUAGAAAAAUUGUCUUAAAAGUCGAAUCUACUUCAAUAAGCAUUAUAAGAAGAAUUAGAUAUGUAAAAGAAAAUGUGCAAUAAACAUCACUAGUCUCUGCCAACCUUUGAAGUUGAUCUUGCCAAGAAAAAAUCGAAGAGAUUAAUGGAGGGUUUAUCCUAUAAAACUGCCUCUUAAGAUAUUUUGAUGUCUGGUUUCAACGACAUAAUUAACUUUUUGUGA